UCUUUAGAUCCUUGUAGGAAACAAUGGUCUUAAUGUACCUGUGCUGAUGUCUUGCAACUUCACGUCGUAGCGAUGUAGCUAUGAAUAGACACAAACACAGACUAACACAUUCAAGGCGCAGGUGUCAACAGGAUACAGCAGACACAUUCUUCAAUUGCGACCAUGAAGUACUUCACCAUAAAGCUUAUCACUUUAUUGGCUGUAAAUUUCAUAAACUUCGCCUACGCCACAGGACCACUGCGGGUGUGCUACUUCACCAACUGGGCGUACAAUCGGCCGUCACCGUCUGCCAGAUUUGACGUCAAGGACAUUGACCCCACCGUCUGCACCCACCUCAUCUACGCUUUUGGCGUCUUGAACACAACCACUAAGACUCUGACGGCACAGUAUUAUGAAGAAACAACCAGCACUGGCAGAUACCAGAAACUGAACGACCUCAAGAGUGUGAACCCAACCCUGAGAACCCUGCUCUCUGUGGGGGGACAGAACGAUCACGGCACCGGUUUUCUGGCGGUCUCAGAAACCUCUGAAAUCUUGGCCAAUUUCUCGGCGUCUGCUAUUGCUUUUCUCAGAAAACACAGGUUCGAUGGUCUAGAUCUUGACUGGGAAUACCCGAAUAGUGACACGAAAGCACAAUUUGUUACACUGCUUAAGGGACUACGGACAGCUUUCGACGCGGAACAGCUUCAACCAAACCAAGAACGGCUGCUGCUCACAAUCGCAGCUGCAGCUGGUGUCUGGACCAUUGACCCCGGCUACGACGUGCCCCAGAUCGCUAAGUACGUGGACUACGUCAAUUUGAUGACGUAUGACUACACCACAGGGGACGCCUCUAUCACAGCCUUCAACAGCCCACUCUACUCACGCGGGGACCCGAGGUUCCACCCCACUCUGAGCACGAACUGGACGGUCCAUUACUACAAGAGCCUGGGGUUGCCGUACAGCAAGAUGCUGGUUGGUGUGACAGGUGUGGGACGCUGGCUGGUGCUAGAAGACAGGAACUACACAGGUGUCGGCUCCAACGUCACGGGGGUCAAGAGGACGAGCCCGGAUUAUCAAAUACCAGCAGGGAUGACUUAUCCUGAGAUUUGCCGGGUGCUGAAAAACUCAAGCACCGUGCGAGUCUUUGAUAACGAGCAGAAGGUGCCUUAUCUGGUGAAUGACGACAACUGGGUCGGGUACGAAGACACCGAGAGUGUCACGGUCAAGACCCAGUGGAUGAUGGAUAUCGGUGUAGCUGGCGUCAUGUUCUGGUCCCUGGAUCAAGACGACUUCAGUGGGACGUUCUGUGGCCAGGGAAAGUUUCCGUUACUGAACACCGUGAAAACGCUGAGUGGAAAAGACGAGAUCAGCUCAACCACGAACCCAACCCUGAACCCUCAAUUGAACACAACUACGAACCCUAACCAAGGCUUUACACUGAACACCACCAUGAACCCAACCACACCCCCAAAACCGAGUCAGCCAUUGACUACAACCAUUAAAACGAAAAACACCGGUCACCCAAUUAUAAUACCAACCGGCUUGAUUGCGAUAUUCACUAUUCUAUACACCCUCCUGUUCAGCAUUAAAGAUUUUGAAUUAUCAAUGUGUGACCUGGGGAAGUUUCCACUCAUGUCUGCGGUCAGGUCCAUCAGUUCACCACGAGAAAUAUCGACCAAAUCUCCGGAACCAUCAUAUACGCCAAAUCCGAACCUGCUCCGUCUGUGCUACUUCCCAAACUGGACCAACACCAGAAGGUCGAACAUGUCCAAGUUUGAUGUGCAGGACAUUGACCCCUCCAUCUGUACUCACCUGGUCUACGCCUUUGGUUACCUGAGCGACCAAACGUUUCAACUGGUUGCAGAGUGGCCAUUGUAUGAGGAGUUGACAGGGGGGCGUUAUCAAAAGCUGAACGAGCUAAAGAAGGUCAACCCUCAACUACAAACUCUAAUCUCUCUGUACAUACGCGAGAAGCAUGUAUAUAUAGUCACGAAGAUAGCCGGCACUAAACAAGGCCUGGAGAACUUUGCCAACUCCACGGUAAUGUUUCUCAGAAAACAUGGAUUCAACGGCCUUGACAUUGAUUGGCAGUAUCCAGCAAGGGGUAAUGAGCAGGUGUUUCUCAGAGUGCUACAGUCUCUGAGAUCUGCCUUCAACUCUGAAGUCCUGCAGACAAACCAAGGGCGGCUACUGCUUACAGUCACAGCUGCCGCAGCUAAGUGGAAUAUCAACCCCAGCUUUGACUAUCCCCAGUUAGCCAGGUACGUUGAUUACGUCAGUUUGUUGACGUAUCACUAUACAGCAGCAGAUUCUCGCGUGGCAGCAUUCAACAGCCCGCUGUUCUCUAGACAAGAUCCUAACUUUAACCAAGAACUUAGCACGAACUGGACUGUCCACUACUACAACAGCCUGGGUCUGCCCUUCCAUCAGAUGCUGGUGGGGGUGACAGGGGAGGGACGCAGGCUGGUCCUCCAGGACAAGAUGUCCUAUGGCGUGGGGUCAAAUGUCACUGGUGAGGCGAGGACCAGUGAGGACUAUGGGAUUUUGGCGGGUAUGGCGUACCCCGAGAUAUGCCGGAUGAGUAUGACGUCAUCAACCAAAAGUUACUUUGAUGAGCAGCAGCAGGCACCCUAUAUGGUGAGCGGGGACGACUGGGUUGGGUACGAGAACCCCAGGAGUAUUGCAAUCAAGACCAAGUGGAUGAUGGAUAUCGGUGUUGCUGGCGUCAUGUUCUGGUCCGUGGAUCAAGACGACUUCAGUGGGACGUACUGUGGAGAGGGGAAGUUUCCUCUACUUAACACCAUCAAAACCCUGGCUGGAGGAAACCAGAUGAACCCAACCCCGAGCCCAUCCAAGCAGAAAAAUGGGAGUUAUAGCGUCGUACAGUCUACCGGCUUGAUUGUGAUAUGUGGUGUUUUAUACAACAUUUUGCUAUAGCCGACAAUCAAAUUUUACACAUGACAAUCAUCUUUUAUAUAUGACAAUC